UCGUGCAUCUAGCCUGCAUCCCGCGUUCGACGAAACGCUUCGCUGUUACGUACAAAAAUCGGCGAACCCCUGGUUGAGGGCCGCACACGACCACCAAUCCGACACAGCACUUGGCAAACGAUACCAGCCACGGUAGCUAGUUUCCGAUUCGGUGGCUACCACGAGGGAAAAGGGAAAAAAAGAAUUAUCAAUAUCCACGUUCCUUGCGGCCAUAGGACCCGCCGGGACUAAUAGAUUGCAGCAAUAGGGUGACGAGUUAUUUCUGUUACUAACAGGCACCGCUUAUAAGUCGAGCCUAGCUUGGAAAUCGACAGUAGGUAAUCAUGAUGGUCCCUAGGUCCUUUUUCUACUCUCGUAAACAACCGAUACCCCCAACCUCUGUACCGGCUGCAUCACCCAAGCUAUCUUCAGCUACGAGUAAAAGAAAGGAUGAUCCGUCAACGAAGAAGCACGCCAUCUCUCCCACCAAGUCUACCACUAUUACUACCACACCACCAAAACAGCCAACCAUGGCUAAGCGGAAAAUCACACAAUCAGAAAGCCUAUCUCCACCAAGUACCAGCCCGCCUAGUACAACGAUAGCGAACGUUGUCGCGCGAUCAAAUACUCCUUCGAGCGCCGUAGAGAUUCCCAUUAAAUUUAACCAAGAUAGCGCGCAUCAACACCGGUCACGCCCUCAUGCGCAUCCCCAUCGGAAGCACUUUUCUCCAAGUCGAAAUGGCCGAAUACCGCACUCACCUGAUUCUAUUCCCCCAUCGGUGGCCGCGUUGCUUGCUAUCACCAGCAUUCCUCCGCCCACUCGAAGGGGGAGGUCACGUCAAGGGCAAUCUAGGGACUCAUCUAGGGACUCACGGAUGACCGUAGAUUCUAUUGUCCAACGAUCACAGGUUUCAGAGAAAGAACUAAGCCAAGAAUUUAGCGAGGAAUUUGGUCGGGAUAUAGGCGAUCUAAGCCCUGCAUCUUACAAUCGCAGCCCAUUGGAAGUCCUCCUCAGUCCGCCGGAUGAGUUCGACGAAGAUGAGGCUUCCAUAAAUAGCGACGGUGCGUUUACUUCAGCUUUCUCAACUCGUGCGGCUUCAUUCGACAGCAUCCCGUCUCUAGGCGACUCAAUUGGAACUAGCAUAGUCACUUCCAUCGACUCUCCUAUAACGCCACGCGGUAGGAGAAUACGGCCGCCCAGACGUUCUCUAGAGCCGGUAUCUUCACCACCUGGCCAAUGCCUAGAGCAUCCACUUUCUACGAAAGGCGAUUUAGAGGUUGAUCAACUUGAUUUCAGGGUCUUUGACCAAAAGUCGGGUUCAGGAGAGCAGAAGCGGGCCACGGGAUUGAUGCCAUUCAAAUCUGCCUUUAAAUCAAAUUUAACCGCAUCACUUCGCGCAUUGCGCUCUGCAGCUCGUUCACUAUCCAGCUUCACUGCUUCAUCAAUUCCUCCUGAUGAUUUCCUCACUAGAUCGAUACUCACGAUUGACCCGCGGGUCCCUUUUACUGAUGAGAGAAUGCCGCCUGCUUUAGGGGAGGAACCUAGUGAAGCAAUGCGCCGUUAUUUGAACCCGACCAGUAGUUCACGCGCCGAGUCACGUGUCCGAUCAUCUGUACGAAGCUAUACUGCUUCUAUACAAAUGCAAACAUAUAAAAUACAGAGAUCGAGAAGUUCCCCGGCCAGCAGUCGUGCUUCAACUCAAACGGGCAAUUCUAGCAAGUCCUCUAACGUCGACGCAUUUCCCUCGGGUCCCCGCCAGCGUGAGAUGCGCGAGAACUCGGACUUCAUCCGUAUUGCUGUCUUGGAGCACCUGAUGCGCAAGCGUGGCAAACUAGACGACCAACGCGAAGGACAUGCACGCUGGCUUCUACCGCCAAGGAAAACCACAUCAAAGCCAUACGAAAUUGGGACUGAUGGUAUUCCCUCGAGAUGGGUCGCUGUAUCACAAGAUGUGAUCUGAGAUCGAAAGACAUGGCCUUUUCACAUGCACUAGCCAACUAUCAUCGUCACCAAUCAAAUACCGCCAAACCGCCAAUUACACUGCGAUCCACGAGACGAGGAUUUGAUGACUACACUACAUCCUAGGAAGCCACUACGGAACGGUCUUAUGAUUGUGUGGGUAUCGUUACAGGGCCAACAACUGUGGGUAAGGGGUUGUCCCACUCGCUACGUCAACCGUUCACGGCCAUGAACCUUGCCCUGGUUUUCCAAGUCCCGGGAAAUUCCAAACAUUGAAUUACUCCAUCUUGCCGAUAUCGCCAAUCGAACUGGGUCCACAUUAUUCUUCUAGAAGCCGGAAGCUAGAAGCUAGAAGCUAGGCCUACGACAGUAUGGUCAUGAUAAUUUUCAAAAAGAUGGAGAACAUUCAGUAAGGGUCCUCGAGCUAUUAAUUCGACGUCCGAUAUGCAAGCGUACGACCGAUCUCGGAUAUUAGAAGGGUCCCAACGAUAAUUUAAUGAAUUAGGGCAUCUUCAUCUCUUGUCGGGU